AUGGCCGGUUCCAAGGCUACCGUUGGCUCCUCGAAGAUGGACUCAACUCCAAAAUCCUCAAAGUCCCACAAACGAAAGCGAGAUAUCGAAACCUCUAAUGCGACUACGCCAACUCCGACCAAGAAACACAAGAAGCGCGAGAGUCUGCCUUCCUCUGUGUCGCCCGCCGUCGAUGAGAGCGCCACCAAGCGGAAGCGACUGAAGGAUGCCCUUCAAGGCAGCGAUUCUGAGAAGGGGACAAAAGACGAUACCUCUCAAGAAACGCGCAAGAAGGACCGAGUUGGCGAAUCAAACAAGAAAAGAAAGGAUGGCAAGCGAAAGAGCUCUGGGAAGGACAGCCGGGAAGAUUCCGAACCUGCAGCUGCGCCCUCCGAGUCUGAGGAGAAGAAGGAGGCAGAUGAAUCCUCCGAAGAUGAGGGCAAGCGCCGCAAGUCAUCGAAAGACAAACAUGCGGGCAUUCUGUCCAAGUUCGAGCGGACCAGAACGGCAGCAAGCGCAAAGGCGAAAAAGCCAAAACAAGCGACUCCGGAAGCCGAACUACCAGCUGAGAUGAAUGUCGAGCCAGUCAUUGCCCAAGGUCUUGAACCAUUGCCUCAGCCAGAGAACCCGCCCGAGGUGACAGAGGCGCCCACAUAUUCCUCCCUGCCUCCGUGGCUAGCGAACCCUCUGCGAACGUCUGCAAAUGAACGAGCUAAAUUCUCAGACCUGGGAAUCAAGCCUGACCUUUUGCGCAUUCUCGAGCAAAAUGAUUACAAGGAGGCAUUCGCAGUGCAGUCAACGGUAAUUCCUUUGCUGUUGGACGGCAAUAACAACCACCCAGGUGAUCUCUGCAUCAGUGCUGCCACAGGCUCAGGAAAAACCCUUUCCUAUGUUCUCCCAAUGGUCACGUCCCUCACUCCUAGACCUGCUUCCAGACUUCGAGGACUCAUCGUUGUUCCUACAAGAGAACUGGUCAAGCAGGCACGUGAGGCCUGCGAGCUCUGUGCCUCGGGUUCACGCCUUCACAUUGGAAGUGCCGUGGGUAAUGUGGCAAUUAAAGAGGAGCAGAAGCUUCUGAUGCGGGUCGAUCAAAUUUACAAUCCCGCAACUGUUGCCCAACGACAGAAGUCAGGAUUGCAGGGCAACGACUGGAUGGAUUUCAGCCUUGAAGACUGCGUCAAUGAAGCAGUUGACGCAACUGGAUUCUUGCCUGGCUAUAUCCAGAGGGCCGAGCCAAAUGUGGAUAUUUUGAUUUGCACACCCGGUCGACUUGUUGAUCACAUUCGAUACACGAAAGGUUUCACCCUGAAGCACCUGGAAUGGCUGGUUAUCGACGAGGCAGAUCGUCUGCUGAAUGAGAGUUUCCAAGAAUGGGUGGAUGUGGUCAUGGGGUCGCUCAACUCGCGUCAAGAUCCCGAGACCUUUGGACCUGGAGGCCAACUUCUGUCCGAGCUUGGACUUUCAAUCGACACUCAUCCUCCCCGUAAGGUGAUCCUGAGUGCGACAAUGACUCGAGACAUCACCAAAUUGAACUCUCUGCGUUUGGACAACCCUAAGAUGGUCAUCAUUGGUGCUGAGAGUACCAUGGACGAAGAAGAUCUGUCUGCGUCCCAUCCGGAUGCUCAUUACACCCUGCCAGCAACCUUGCAGGAGCACAUUGUUGCCGUCUAUGAUGCAUCUCAGAAGCCGCUCUACCUCCUGCGCCUUCUUCUGUCAAACAUCAAGAUCUGUGGUGCGGACAAUGGCACCAAGAAGCAAGCUUCUGCUUCUACCCAGUCCGACUCGGAGAGCACCAGCUCCGAUGAUACUAGCUCCGAUGAAUCCUCUGACGAUGAGACUUCCUCCUCGGGCUCAGACUCUGACUCCGACUCUGACACUUCGUCUGACUCUGAUUCUGAUUCUGAUUCUGAUUCUGAUUCAUCUAGUGAUUCAUCAUCAGACGAAUCUUCCGAUUCAGAGGAUGAAGUCGUUGACAUCGUGCCUGAAGCUGCCUCCUCCCGUACAACAGUCCUUAUCUUCACCAAGUCCUCCGAGGCCGCAUCUCGUCUAUCCCGUCUUAUCUCCCUCCUUCAUCCCCCCUCGCCAACCGUGUGGGAACCAUCAUCAAAUCGAACAAAUCGUCUGCAUCUCGCAAGACACUGGCAGCAUACCGUCGCGGCCUCCUUGACCCACGUCAUCAACUACGACAUCCCGCCCAGUGUACCUACCUACGUGCAUCGUGUUGGCCGUACCGCCCGUGCCGGCCGCGAGGGCUCCGCAUGGUCCCUGGUCGCCCACCGUGAAGGCAGAUGGUUCUCCAACGAAAUCGCUGCCAACGUUGAAGGUCGUAUCACCCGCACUGCCGGUAUUGAUCGGAUCCGCGUGAAACUGGAUUCUCUGAAGUCACUCCAGCCCAAGUAUGCGGCAGCGUUGGACGAGCUCGAAAAGGAGGUCAAAGUCGGCAGGGCACGCCCAGCCAAGCGGUCUUAA